CUGUCUCCAGUUGUAGGAUUUUGGCAGAGCUGGCCAUGAUGAUCCGGUUCGUGGUUGGUGCCCUCUUCCCAGCGCUGCUCCUGGCCGCCCCGCCCCCCAUAAACAAGCUCGCCCUCUUCCCGGACAAGAGCGCUUGGUGCGAGGCGAAGAACAUCACCCAGAUCGUGGGGCACAGCGGCUGCGAGUCCAAGUCUAUCCAGAACAGGGCCUGUCUGGGACAGUGUUUCAGCUACAGCGUCCCCAACACCUUCCCUCAGUCCACAGAGUCCCUAGUUCACUGCGACUCCUGCAUGCCAGCCCAGUCCAUGUGGGAAAUCGUGACCCUGGACUGUCCAGGCAACGACGAGAUCCCCAGGGUUGACAAGCUGGUAGAGAAGAUACUUCACUGUAGCUGCCAGGCGUGCGGGAAGGAGCCGAGCCACGAGGGAGCCCUGUUCAACGUCUACCUGAACGCGGAGGAGAACAUGCCCGCCGAAGGUCCCAGCCCCCAUCAUUAUGCCCACCACCAACAGGAGGUGGAAGAACCUCCUGCCUCCAGCCACCACCAUCACGAGGAGGAGGGCGAGGAGUGACCUGGCCCUUGCGGACUGUCCU